GGGGGGGUGUGUGUGUGUGGUUGGGUGUGUGUGUGUGGGGGUGGGGGUGUAAUCUGUAACAUGGACGCUUUAAAGUCGGCAGGAAGAGCGAUUAUAAGGAGUCCCAACAUCGCUAAACAGAGUUGGGGCGGCGGCAAACACAAAAAGUUGCCGGAGAACUGGACGGACACGAGAGAAACUCUCCAGGAGGGAAUGAUAUUUAACCUAAAAUAUUUGGGUAUGACUCUCGUAGAGCAACCCAAGGGGGAGGACAUGUCAUCUGCUGCCGUCCGGAGGAUAGUCACUAUGGCCAAAGCGAGCGGGAAGAAACUUCAGAAGGUCACGUUGACGGUGUCCCCGCGAGGAAUCAUUCUCCGUGACAGCACGAGUAACCAACAGAAAGAAAAUAUCUCCAUCUACAGGAUAUCGUAUUGUACAGCAGACAAGGCCCAUGAUAAAGUGUUUGCGUACAUCGCGCAGAGCCAACUCAACGAGACCUUGGAGUGCCACGCAUUUCUGUGUACAAAGAAGAAAGUGGCCCAGGCAGUGACUCUGACUGUGGCUCAGGCUUUCAAAGUAGCUUUUGAGUACUGGCAGUUGGCUAAAGAAGAAAAAGAGAAGCGAGUCACCUGUGCGGUGCCUGAGGGGAAGCAUCGGGUAACUCUCCAGCUGGGAGUUCGGCAGACGUCCAUAGUCAAGGUAACGGCCGUUUAUAGAAUCAUGGAGUCUUUGGUACAGUCUCAAGUGGCAACAGCGAACCUGUUGGAUCUGAGUGAUGAAGCCAUGUCCUCGGUGCCCACCGACCCCGGGCACAACCGUCUCUCCCCCAAGGACACAAGCUCUUCUGUAAAUAACAACGUAGUCUGGGAAAUGGAUGACGAUUUGGACGAAGCUUUUUCGAGAUUGGCCCAGGCUCGAACAAACCCCCAGGUUUUGGAUAUCGGGAUGAGCGCUCAGGACAUGCAAUCGGAGGAAUGUCUGUCUCCCACCGACUGGGAGAAACCCAACUCCGCAACCCCAGAGAAGGACGAGCUGUUUGACUUCUGACGAGCUGGGGGUCGGCAGGGAGAGGAGGCCAGGCGAGGCGAGCCGCAGGCCUGCGCCGAGGAACCGAGGACCAUGCGAAAACCCAGCUCCGCGCUCGCUGGGCGUGGGAUUGGGAAGCCUGAAGUCCUGGCGUGAACGACUGUGGUUCGUGUGGAUCCAGAGUGACUGACUGACUGACUGAGGAAGAGGAUUGAUUGUGGCCGCUGCAGUAUUGUUGGCGUUCAGCUGUUCAGAACUAAAACCAAAUGGGUCGGACUUGAUGUAUCCAGGCCACGAGAGCAGCCAAUGAUGUACAGAUCUACUGCAGUCGGACUUUUCAUCGAGCAGCGAGCCGCCUGCUUGUUUCAGUAGAAGUUGGUGCGGGUGAAACAAAACCUCAAAGUGCCAAACAAUAUAAAUAUAUAUUUAUAUAUAUAUAUAUUCAUACCUAAGCUACAAUAAAACAUCCUCUUUGAUGUACUGUUCUUUCCGAAGUGAAUGAACCCCAUGUGUUCUGUUCAGCACCAAGUGCUGCACCCUCCCUCACCCUCGGCCCUGGGUGUCUCUGCUCCCCCCCUCCCCCUCGGUUCUGUCACGAGUCUAACCACCCUGACACCGGCAAAUAUCCAGCAAUAAUCACACUUGAAGGAAUUCAAUUAAAAAAUAAAGACUUUCCACCUAUAGUGAGCAGCU